GCCAUACCUCUGGACCUCUCCGGAGUUUGGACUGCUCAAAAUUAUCAGAUCCAAAUUCCGUACUUGUAUGACUGGUUGCCGUCGUAUCUUCGUUCGAUCUCUAUAUCCUGAGUAUCUCCAUUGACUUCCACAUUCUCCAACAUCGUUGGCGCUGAGCAGGACGAUGCUGACGCACUCCGAGUCCCUGAAACAACAAAAAGGCCAGGUUCAUCACGCAGCGACCUACCUGCGUCGUCCAUGAUGCGGGCAGUUUUUAGUCUGACACAGGUCAAACUCUUAUCAUGAUUGGUAUCAUGAUUACGGGCGCUUCUCGUGUAAGUUCCAGUGAGCGUGGCGCGCGUUUUCCGAACAGGCCGGGGCACGUGUUUAAAACCUGGGGAAAAUCCCUGCCCGCUCAUCAUUCCGUUUAUCAUCUGAUACAACCAUCGGCCACUCCACUCUUUGCCUAGUCCUCGAUUAUCAUGGCGAAUUAUUAUGACGAGAUCCCGCUGAAGCUCAUCGAAUGGAUCUUGAAGCAGCAGAUGUUUUGGGUAGCUACGGCUGCGCUGCAGGGAGAUGGGCAUGUUAAUGUCUCUCCCAAGGGCACUGCGAAUUGUUUUCACGUCGAGAGUCCUACCAGAGUUUGGUAUGAGGACCUUACGGGCAGUGGUGUCGAGACGAUUUCGCACAUGCGCCAGCCCGGAAACGGUCGUAUUACGAUUCUCUUCAACGCGUUCGAAGGACCCCCUAGAAUCCUCCGGUUGUGGGGAAAAGGCACCGUAUACGAAUUCGGCACGCCAGAAUACAAUGACUUCAUUCCCCUGUCCGACCGCAAAGCCGGCUCGCGCGCGAUCAUCGUCAUCGAUGUACAGAGAGUCGGAACGUCAUGCGGUUACGGCGUCCCAUUUUACAAAUACGAGACCCAGCGUACGGUCCUCGAGCGUUGGUGUGACUCGAUGGAAAUUUUUGAUCGUGAUGGCGAAGCUCGUCAAUCCCCUCCCCCGUAUGAAUCUGAGGCCCCCGUAAAAGACCCGCGUGGGAUCAAAGCGUGGUGGACUGCUGAGAAUCUCGAGAGUUUCGACGGCCUCCCGGGCCUACAAUCCGCACACGACAGCAACAUCUCGCCCAUCAACACAUUCGACAAAAAGGCCUCGCAUCGUAGUAUUGGUCAGAUUAGGGCUGCCGCCGAGACAAAGGCUACGGAGAGAGGUGCCAACGCCAACGCCAAGUCGAAUUCGAGGGAAACAAUGAGACUGUUGAUGGCUUUUGGAGUGGGGGUCAUGAUGACGGUGGGUUAUGUGAAAUUUGCUGCUUCACGUGUCCCGGUGUCUUUGAGGGCGUGACGUAGAAAUGGUUCCACAUAUGAAGUAUGUUCUCAAGAUAGUUAGAGUAAUUAUGUGCGUUCUCAAACUUGUUUCAUCAUCUCGUCAUAAGGCAGAAAGUCAAGAACUCCAAGCCAAUUUGAUCACGUCAGGGAAGGAAAGAAAAAAAUAAAAACAAAUAG